GCAGGCAGGCAGGCAGGCAGGAGGCAGGAGUCAGGCGGCCAGGCAGACACAGUCAAGCGGGCUCGUGUACGUUCACUCCGUCCGUCCGCCCGUCGUCGCUGCGCGCUCCGUUUUCCGUGCACGUCCGUCCGCUCCGACCGAUUCGGAAAGGAGUAAUAACGCGUCGCGCGUCUCGGCUCCGCGUGUUCCCGACUUAUCAAAUCGCGCGCGCCGCGCUGCUUCGAGCGGGGAGCCGCCGGACGAUCGUACCUGCUGCGCCGGGUCCUUCGAGCUGCUGCGGCCUCCUCUGCGGCGGUGGCGGCGGCGGCGGCGGCGGUUCGAUUCGAAAACCCGCCGAAAUUCGGAAGCGAGAGAGAGAGAGAGAGAGAGAUCUCGGGGCCGUUCGGCGCGGCACGACGGAUUCGCUUCGGCCGGUUUCGCCAGUGUCAAGAGAGAGAAAAAGAGAGGGAAAAAUGAGCGAAGGGAGAGAGAGAAGUGGAGAGGAAGAGGAACAGUGCUUUUGUUGAUAAAACAUACCGCGCUGUACACGUGAAUUUUUGCUGCGGCGCGGGCGCGGUGAUGAAAACGUCAACCGCGCGCGUCUCUCGACGUGUCGAGACGGUUAAUUCGUUGAAUCGUUAAUUGGAUUGUGUGCGUGAGUUAAUGACUCGUUUGCCUAAUUAAUUAUCCCGUGUCGAUGAUCGUCGUGAGUGUCGGUGCAAUGAUAAACUUUGUGACAGUGCAAUCUAUAGACGAGGAUAUAAGAAAAGCAUAGGCAAUUGGAUAUCGCCUAACCUAAAAGGGUGACAGUUUUUCUAGUCAGAAGAAAAUUAUGAUGACACUUUACAUCGGAGCACGAUGAGUUGAUAAUGAGUGAUUGCCGGUCAGUUUAAAAGCAGCACGUCCGUCAUUUCUUCUCAAUAUACAUUCAGUUCCUGGAAUUUAACUAGCGCUUUACUCGUAUUAUAAUUUGCAUUUACCGGCAAUCUUUUUACUUGGAUAAUUCUUUUUUACGCUAAUUUUAAAUAAUAAAAAACGCAAAAUAAAUCAUUGAUGCAAACUGACGUAAAUUAUAAAAAUUCGAGGAAAUCUUUGGGCUGUUGAGCGUAUAAUUUUUCGAUGCAGAAAAAAAAUACAGCAGGCAUUAAUUUUUGUGCAAUAUUUUGUAAUAUCAAGUUGUUGAACAACGACAGUCGCAGCGUCGUGUUAACAAAGUGCAAUAUAAUGUACGACGUGCAAAAGAGGAGGAUUCGUUAACGAGCAAUAGACGAAUUUGUAAUUAUUUAGUGCGUCAGAGUGACACGGUGCGUUACGCGUCGUUUGUGAUUGCGGAAGAAGAGUGAGUAUUGCAUAGUGGGGAGGAAUACGCGCAUUUCCGGGGAAAAUAAUCACACGUUUUGCACGUUUCAGGCAAAUCGGUCAGUGGUGUAUACUUCCCUGGCUUCUGAGACACAGUGACGUGGCUUGUUGAUGGACACAUCGGUGAAAAUCCAUUCGACAACGGUUCGUGGGGAAAGGAGCAUUUUCAGCCAUCGACAGUUCCCUGGCAGCUGAAUCCGCGCAGCCACGGUCGUCCUAGUGACGAUGGCAUAAUGGAUCAUGAUACAGACGGAGACGGCGCGAUCAACUUGUCAACGUCACAGCGACCCUCCGCCGCCACCACCCCUAAUGGUGAUACUUCCACUUACGGGCAAGAUCAACAAGACAACGAUCAGGCUACUUCGCUGUUUGCAGCCCUGAAGCAGCAGCAACAGCAAUCGCGUGACAGCGUCUUCUCGUCGCGGGACCGCGAGUGCCGCGACAGGGACCGCCUGUCUACGGCCCGCAAUCGCGACUCCGGCAGAGGCAGUAUAGCGGAGGCCGGCGGCGGCGGCGGCGUUGCUGAUCAACAGCAGCAGCAACAGCAGCAGCAGCAGCAGCAGGAUCUCAGCAUCGAGUACCAAAGCAAUGGGAAGCUCAGUCCCGCCGGGCACGCAGUGACACCAGCACCCAUGACCCAGCAAAAGCAGCCAAUCAUCACGCAGCAAUCGCAACAGCCCAGCUCAGGGGCACCGGGGCCCCAACCUAGCCCGCAUCAGAGCCCGCAGGCCCCACAGAGGGGUUCACCGCCGAAUCCUUCCCAGGGCCCGCCACCCGGUGGCCCGCCAGGGGCACCGCCGUCGCAGACCCCCUCGCAGAUGAUGCUCAGCUCGGCGAGUGGCCUCCAUCAGAUGCAACAAUUGCUGCAGCAACAUAUACUCAGCCCCACGCAACUGCAAUCCUUUAUGCAGCAGCACACGUUGUACAUGCAGCAACAACAACAGCAACACCAUCAGGAUUCAUCUUCCGAUCAUGCAUCUAAUCAGGAACGAUUCGGUUAUUUCUCUUCUUUAAAGAACCAUCAGCAUCAACUCGCGGAACUCAACAAAAAACAACUGGAGCAGGCAAUGCAGCAACUGCAGGAACAAUUGCAGCUGAACUUAUUUCAACAGACGCAUUUAUUGCAAACGGCGGACAAGAAGAAGGCAUCGGCGCCUCUCCAGCAACUAGCGAUUCAGCAGCAGCAGCUGAUACAGCAACUGCAGAUCACGCAAAGGCAAUAUCUAUUGCAGCAAGGACUGAGUCUUCAGGGUCAUAACCCUUCUUCAGCAGGUUUGGCACCGCCAGGUGAUACUCUCCCGUCAUGGAAGUCAGAGCCCUCGGAUACACCGGAAUCCCACCAGAAUUCCAACGUGUCGAAAUCCAAUUCUGGAUUGAACGGCAUUCUGAAUUCGAUAGCUUCGAGCCGACGGUCCGAGGUAAACGGCACAACGCCGAUGGACGAGAAGCCGCUGGAUGCCUCCUGCAACGACAAGGUCCAUCCCCUCUAUGGCCAUGGGGUUUGCAAGUGGCCAGGCUGUGAAGUAAUUUGUGAAGACUAUCAAGCAUUCCUUAAACACUUAAAUACAGAGCACACAUUGGAUGACCGAUCGACAGCGCAAGCCAGGGUCCAGAUGCAAGUAGUGUCGCAGCUAGAAAUUCAGUUGCAAAAAGAACGAGACCGACUAGGCGCCAUGAUGCAUCAUUUGCAUAUGGCAAAACAAAUGGCUUCCCCGGAACCGCCAAAGUCAUCCGAGUCAUCGACGGGCUCGAAUUUACCAAAGCUAAAUUUUUCCACCGCACUGAUGAGCCAGCCGCCACCUAAUUUCGGGGUCUCUCAGGUGUCACCGGUAUCCAUGUCCGCGCUGGUGUCCGCCGUGAGGUCGCCCGCGGGUGCUCAGCUACCACCGUCGGGGGCACUUGGCAGUGCCCCGAUGCCGCCACUUUCGACCAUACCCAACAUGUCCAGUUUACCGCCCAUGCCCAACAUGCCUGGUAGCAUGCCGAGUAUGGCUGGUCCAAUCAGACGGCGCAUCAGCGAUAAGUCAGCUCUUUCUUUGGCAGGAGGACUGUAUGACGAGGGCACUGUAAGGCGCAGAGUAGCCGUCGAUAGAUCUGGAAUAGAUAUUAACGAAGGGCUGCCCUACAUGCUGGAGCGUGCUGGCCUUGACGUCCAACAAGAAAUUCAGCGAAAUAGGGAAUUCUACAAGAAUGCAGACGUCAGACCACCGUUCACGUAUGCAUCCUUAAUUCGGCAGUCUAUCAUCGAAUCCCCCGAGAAGCAGCUGACGCUCAACGAAAUUUACAACUGGUUCCAAAACACAUUCUGCUACUUCCGGCGCAACGCAGCAACGUGGAAGAACGCGAUCCGCACCAAUCUAUCAUUGCACAAGUGUUUUGUGCGCUAUGAGGACGACUUCGGGUCAUUCUGGAUGGUGGACGACGCCGAGUUCGUAAAGCGGCGGCAUCUGUCCCGCGGCCGCCCCAGGAAAUAUGACCCAACCCCAUCACCCACUCCACCCCACCUCUCCGCACAGGGUGUACCGUCGAAGAGCCCAACGCUGACGCAUAGUCCUACUAUGUACGGUGACGCGCUUAAUGCCAACCUGCAGUAUUUCCAGGCACUCGGGGAGUCUAACAUGGGAUUUUUGAAUCCGAUGUGCACGUCAACAGCGACAAGUCCUGAUAAGGAACAUGUGUUACCUCAUAAUGACUUAAUGUCGCCGCUGGAUGAACCGGCCGUGCACAUAAAGCAGGAGAGCCAGAGUCCGGAAGGAGGGAAACACACGAGAUUAAUAAAGCGCGAGCUGCCGGACGGCCCCAUGGAGCAUGAAACGGAGGAGGAUCAGGCGGACGAGAGGGAAUACUCGGAGAGCCACGGCCACGACUCCGGCCAGGACGAGGAUAUAGCGGAGGACCUGUCAAUGGCGCCCGACAUAAUGAUCCCGGAGGAUCAGGUCGAGGCGUAGUACCGCCCCGUCGCGAUAAACCGAUAAAGAAAUGAGAAACGUGUAUACAAGGUGUCCCGUUUGAUCCGGUCACGCGAAGAGAGGAGUACCCUUCUACGUUGACCCAGGGUAGAGUAGAGAACGCGGAGGUAUAAAAGAAGUGGCGGAAGAGCGAGUAUACGGAAGCAGAAAUUCGGAAGAGGACGACGAAGGCCCUUCAGGACCACCCACCCCCCUCCACACUCCUCCUUCGUACGAGUUGUACCCCCCUCAACGUAUCAUAUCUGUGCCGCGACGUCCCAAUCGGCGGUACGUUUAAGGUAAACGAAAAGAAGCCAAAACGAAUUUUGUGAAAGGACUCUGACUCGGUUGAGCGACGACGGUGGCGAAGCGGUACGACCACCGGUCGACGACGAUGUAGCGUCGUAAUCUCGACGAUAUUCGGGAGCGAUCUUUCGAUCCAUAUCCUUACUCAAGCAAUUGCGAACAACGAUGUAUUUUAUUUUCCUCUCUCGAUCUUUUUUUCCGUUCCGGAGCCGCGGUUAUAUCUAAUAGACACAUAUACAUAAUAUAUACAUAUAUCUUUCUCUCUCUCUCUAUCUCUUUCUCUCUCUCUCGUGUACAUUGCAUUAGAAAUUAAUGUAGCGACAUAGGGCACUCCGUGCACGGCGCGCCUUGCGGUCGGCGCGCCUUAUCGGGCGCCCCGUAAACGCGACGGAAAGUACCCUUCGCCGGAGGAACUGGUGUGGCUUCGCGAUUAUGCGUUUCGCGCUGGCAUGCCGUGCGUAGAUAUAUACGCGAAACACACUGACAAGUGGACUCCAGCAAGUCUAGCAAGUCCUUAAACUUCUUUGCGUUACAUUGUACCGAACUGAUAACAAUAUAACUUCAUUACAAACGAUUGGAAAUAUAUUGCGCUGCAUGUUAUGCGCGAAAUAUACAUUUCUAUUUUCUACUUUGCGUUUUGAGAAAGUCAGAUUGGUUUUGUUUCUAUCAUGGAUAUAAUUAUCCAAACGCAAGACUAUCGUACAAUGCGAAACAGUGCCAUACUCGUCGGUAUACAUUCAACGAUUUGGAUUUUUUUUCAAAAGGAAAAUAUCGCCGAAAAGCAACACGCGGUUCCGCCGGAGAAGCGAAUCGAUCAGACAGUCCGGCGGGAUUGAAUCUAGGAAAUAAAUCGACGAAGCCGUGGUGGCGGUGGUGGUGGGUACGUACGGGAGCGACUGAGUUUAGUCUUUAAGGCGUUCGCCCAGCGAGCGAAGAGCAAUGUGUUAUUCUCGCGAUUAAGCCGGUCCUCCUACCCUUCGAAGAGGUCCAGUAUCAGACACGCACACGCACGCACGCACGCACACACACACACGCACGCGCGCACAUACACACACACACACACACACACACACACAAAAUUUAAACUAAGAAUUGCAUCCGUGACGAGAUCGGAUGCGUCCCGGCGUACCCGUCCGCUACAUUUGGUAGCACUCUGUAUAGUCUAGCGAAGUUGAUCGUAAGUAGUUUCGUAUUCAUUAAAUGGUAAUUAAACGAUCGAAGGAAGAAGAAGAAAAAAAGAAAAACGGUCAGGAGGCGGUCGAUGUUUGUAAAUGAGCGCUACACGAUACGCGACACGCGCGCGUGCGCGACGAUCUUUCAAAUUAUACUUUCCGAUCGAGCCGGUCAGGAAAUCCGCGAGGCAGAACGUUUAUUAUGUAGGUGUACGUGGCUCCGCGAGAUGAUCGAUGACACUCGAGCGAACGUUUUACGAAUGGGGAUAAGUGGGAAGAUCGCUAACGCGACGUUUUAUAUUGAUGUACCGUAAGUGUAAACCACAAACGGCAAACGAAAUUCCAGAUUCGACGCUAACACGAUCUCGACGGUUUUUUUUUUGUACGAAUUGUACGAUAUAUAUAUAUAUAUUUAACUUCACCGUUUAUAAGGUAUAGGAUAGACUCAGCGCCGUAGCGAGAUGGUGCUUUUCAAGUUUCAACGCGUUGAAAGCUAGCAUUUCAAUGCCUUGGAUGAUUAACAUAAAAAUUUCGAGUUGUUAGGUAUAUUACGCGUUCAAGAUUAUAUUAUAGUUAUUAGCACUUCCUUCUGUGAUACGUGAUGAAUAUAUAGUAAGACCACUAUAUUUAAUUAUAUAUAUAAUAUACAUAUAAUUAAGGGACUUAUAUAUAUAUCUAUACGUUACAAGUCGUUUUUGGUUGCUAAGUCUAUUGUAUAUCAACGUUUCCGAUCAAUUACAGGCAAGUUAAUUAUACGUCACGCUAUUCGAAUGUCGAAAAAAAAGAACAUAUUGCAUAAAACGAUGGCAAGAGGUAAUCACGUUAAUGAUCUCCCUACUUCUCUAAGCAUGAAGUCUAUAAAUAAAUUAAAAAAGGUACUAUGUAUGCAUAUAUACAUAUAUUAAUACGUAUACGUAUCGAAAUUAUAAGGAAUUAGAUGUCGACAUGCCCACUCCCAUCAAAAUUUUUCCCUCAUCCCCCGUCCAAUCCUAGUCCUAUUAUAUGCACACACCACAAUCGAGGCCAGUAGAUUUCUUCUAAAGUGCGCGGUCUCCAUUAUCCCGAAACACAAGAGUAGAAAGCGCGCUCACACAUCGGUAUGGCGAGCACUUUAAAUUGUUUCGGAAUCGAUACGACGUGAAUAAUUCGAAUUUCUCUUGAGCCGUCAGUAUAUAUAUUUGAUUUUUUUAGUUUCCAUAUGUAUUUAACGAUAACACAUUUGUCGAGCUUAGAAGCUAAUUCAAUUGCCACAAGUCGCCUGUGUCACCUCUGCGCAGUGAUUGGUGGAAACGCAAAGCGUAGUUGUAUAUUUUAUUAGAUUGUAACGAGACAUUAUGUGCAAUUUGAAAAAUUAUUUGCAAGGAGUUUGAGCUCUACAAAGUUAUUUUGUAAACAUGAAAUAUUUAAUUUUGUGUUGAUUAGUGUAACUUCGCGACGUCAUCGAGUACCGUGAGAUUUUUUUUUUUUAUGUAAGUUGAAAGGAUCUUCCAUGUUCCUUUGAUACCUAUUAUAUCACAGUUGUCCAAUCGUAGUUUCAGUUGUAACGAUUCUAAUUUUAUUGGCGUUAUGCACAUAGCAAUAAUGGAUAUUGAUGUAUCAGUGCACUUAUGCUGUAGGUAGAAUGCGGAAGUUUGUGAAAUUUUACAAUAAACCUUUUUUUAAGCGAGCGAUAUUAAGACGCGUUUUGAGAUAACAAAAAUGUCAAAAUUGUUGUCUGCAUUAUUGUCUCUUAAACUCUAAAUAACAUCUUUUUCUCUCUAACGUUGUUCUAUUAUUAUUGAAGAAAAUGCAUUUUGGACCACAAUUGGUUUGGAUCUUACAGUAGAAUUUCACGAGCUUUCGCAGUCUAGUUAAAAGAUAAAUGCAAAAGUAAUGUUAAAUUUGAUUAAUGAAUGAAUAUAUUAUACUUCGUCUCUGUUCGUCAGUCUAAGCAGGUAUCUUUUUGAUUAUAAAUAUAAUUGAACUAACGCAAAUUAGACUAUUUCAGUAAACAAUCAAAUAAAAAUAAGAAGAUACUAUAUUAUUGAUAUGAUAUAAAUAUUGAGAAUUUUACAAAUAUUUGAAUUUCAAAUUUUCGACAGUCAAAUUGACCAUACGUGCAUAUAUAGUUUUUAUUACGGCUUUUUAUAUAAAUUGGAUAUUUGUAAUAUAUGCACAGAGCAUUAAUAGCUUCACUCGGUUAUUGCAAGCAUUGUUUUAUCAUUUUUGAUUAAAUAUUAAAGAGACGUUUCUUCACUUCCACAAUUACAAUUGCAAUAUUAUUGUUUGCUGAACACCGACAAAGUAAAUCAUUGUAAAAUUGUAUUACUUUCGCGUUUCGAGUUGUAAGUAAUUUCAAAUCGACAUGGCCCAACUUUAAUUAACAAGACAUAUACAUAUCUGCGUUGUGAGGCUUGACAGAUUUGAAUCGCUGAAUAAUUUAAAACACGAAAUUGAUAUUUCGCAUGUACUCGUCCUGAGUGUAAAAUCUCUGCAGGGUUAAGGAAUAAUUAAAUCACACAUAGAAGGAAAGACAAGCGUGAAGAGCGAGAGAGAAUGCCAAGUGUGUAUGUGUAUGGCUGCAUUUUUUGUGCGCGCGAGGAUGCCGUAUAAACGUUCGGCGGUCACCUGGUUCACCGAUGAAAUUUUGCGAGAUUCAGUGCCGUUUGGGCUUGCUUUCGCGUAAUGGUACUAUUAAUAGACUAAGUCUAUAUGUAUUAUGUAUAAUGAAUUAAGAGAACUUGACACACACGCAAACACACACACAUACAAACGUACACGUGUAUGACAUAUAGAAGACUCUUCUGUAAAUAAUUAAACUCA